AGCUAUUGUUUAUCCACAGCCAUGACAGACUCCAACAAGAUGACCAUCAACUUGGCCCUCUUUGGCAUGACUCAGAGUGGGAAAAGUUCUGCUGGAAACAUUCUUCUGGGGAGCACUGACUUCCACAGCGCCUUUGCUCCAUGUUCUGUGACCAAAGAUUGUACUCUGGGCCGCAGUUGUCACCUCCGUGGCUUCAUGCGUCGAGGGGGCCAAGAGAUAACCCUGCAGGUACAGGUGUUAGACACUCCAGGUUAUCCUCACAGCAAGCUGAGCAAGAAGCAUGUGAAACAAGAGGUUAAGGAGGCCCUGAAACAUCACUUUGGGCAAGAGGGUCUCCAUCUUGCACUGCUGGUCCAGAGAGCAGACAUGCCUUUCUGCGAACAGGGGCCAUCUUCCCCAGUCCAGAUGAUCCAGGAACUUCUGGGACAUGCUUGGAAGAAUUAUACUGCCAUCCUUUUCACCCACGCAGAAAAAAUAGAAGCAGCUGGGUUCAGUGAAGAUGAAUACUUACGGGAGGCCUCUGAUACACUGCUAACCCUACUAAAUUCUAUUCAGCACAGAUAUAUUUUCCAGUAUAAAAAAGGAAACUCACUUAAUGAACAAAGAACAAAUGUCUUAGAAAGAAUCAUGGAAUUUAUAAAAGAAAAUUGUUACCAAGUUCUUACCUUUAAAUAA